AUGUUCUCUUUCAUUUUCAGUACAAUAUUAUCAAUUGCUGGAACGGAUGCACAAGUAGCUGUACAAACCGGUUCCUCGUUCAAUAACAAUUUUAUAGGCAACAACUCGCUGAACAACAAUGCUAACGCAAUACAGAGAUUCAGUGUUGAAUUACGUGAUCGAAGAGAAGAUCAAACUACUACUCAAGCUCCACAAACUACUUCUAAUCCAUUGUUGCAGCUUUUGGAACAAUUCUUUAGGGGUUUUUCUCAAAGGUCAAUGUCUAGUGCGGGCUUCCCAUCUCUGUCUCAAUAUGGGUAUUAUUAUCCAUACGGAACAUAUGGUGGUUACUGGCCCUAUUCCUAUUACUAUUAUUAUUAUUAUUAUGGAUAAUUGUUUUGUUUUCUCCAAACCUUUGCCUUUGUAUCAGUGUGCAGACUUUUAAUUUCAAAAAACUGUGCAAAGCUUUGUUUGAUUUCAUGUUUUAUAGCAAGCUAUUGAAUAAAUUGU